UAUUCAACCAUGCCAAGGUAAAUUCAAUAUUUAAUUCUAGGGCACCUUUAAAACAAAAAUAUAUAUAAUUCAGAUGGAGAUUUAUGUGUCUUUAUGGGAGUAUGAACAUCAAAACAUGCCAUUUACAAUUGUGUCCUACAGCUCAAGACCAACUCAGUGGCACAUGUUUGCAGUUUCUAUUUUCACACUUCCUCUGUAUUGUCUAUUCUUACACCUCGUCUCGUGCGUGUAAAGACAUUCUGAUCAAAAUAUACUGACGAAGUGCAUUGUGUACUUAAUGUAACAAAAAUGUCUCUUCGAAGCUUGUUGUUGGUCGCCAUCGUUGUGUUCAUCACCACAGAAGCUGUUUCAGGUGAAGGUGUGAUGAAAGCAGUUGAUGAUCAAAUUUAUUUUCGUUCAACCAACUUUGUUCCUCCUGUCACCAGCAUCAUCUGGAAACACAUAAACACUUAUGGAUAUGUUGUCAAGGCGAUUGAAUGGGAUGAAGGAGAAAUUCUAAUCCCGAAUCCCAGAUUCAGAGGCAUUACAACUGUUGAGGAGAAGACUGGACAAAUGAAUAUAACUAAUCUAAAAGUUGAACACAGUGGAGUUUAUACCAUUGACAUCAACAGUAAAGAGCAGCAACAGAGAUUCACAUUAACUGUUAUGGAGCGGGUCAUCAAACCUGUGAUAAAAACAGAGAAGAGUAAAGAUAACCCUGAUGUUGUGAAUUUAAUAUGUGAGUACAGUGAAACGAUCAUCUUGAAGAAUUCUGCUGGAGAAACACUGACGGGUUCAAAACACCAUCCGAAAGGAGAGACUUUAGAAGUCAAAAAUGAAGGAAAUCGUGGAAACUUCUACACCUGUACACUGAAGAACGCAGUGAGUGAGGAGACCAGUGAUCCGCUCUAUGAGAGAGAUCUGGAGCGGGUCCCCAAACCUGUGAUAAAAAUAGAGAAGAGUAAAGAUAACCCUGAUGUUGUGAAUUUAAUAUGUGAGUACAAUGAAACGAUCAUCUGGAAGAAUUCUGCUGGAGAAACACUGCGGGGUUUGAAGAUCACUCCAAAAGGAGAGUCCAUCACAGUCAAAAACAAAGGAAAUCCAGAAAGCUUCUACACCUGUACACUUGAUAACGGCGCAAGUGAAGAAACCAGUGAUCCGGUCUAUGAGAGAGAUCUGUUUGAAGAAGCUGUUUCAGAAAUGACAGUGAUUGACUGAUGCUCAUCAUGAACCUUGUGACUCUUCAAAGCCACACGUGGAUCUUCGACACAUUUGUCUGAUCAUCGGCUCUAAAUCUCAGCUUUACUGAAUCAUCUGGAGCUCUGAACCGUCUGUGCCUUCAUAAAUUUCUGAAUAUAUGAAUCUAACAUAUGCAAAUACUUUGUUUUCAUAGUGACAAGAUGAGAAUCUCUAUAUAGUCUGUAUUUUUCAUUUGCUCUUUCAGUUUCGGUUGCCAUGAAUUCAUUCAACCGGUCAAUGCGAUAUUUUGUCAUAUGACAUUUUUAUGAAUAUCUCUAUCCUGACCCUUUUAAAGAAUUAAUUCUGUGAUAACUGAUACAUGAACCUUCUGUAAAAAUGAAAGAGAAAACAUUUGCAUUUAUCAACUUUUUUCUUGUAAUGAUUUGAGUUUCUAUUGUAUUUCUAUAGCUAAUAUUAAUUGUAGUCUUUGCAUUAAGGAUCGUUUUUAUUUACAUUUUUUGAAAACCAAAACAAGUCACUAGAAUACUGUUAUCUCGUUAUUGUGGCAAAAUUUUAUUUUCACAAAGGUUUCUUUAAAAAACACCUACUUUUCUAGAGUUCUUAUGCAGAACAUUAAAUCAAAUCACUAAGAAUAAUUCAUAAUAAAAUAGGAGAUAUGAUGAGAUCUUUCAUGUACCAUAAAUGUUAGCUUUUUGGGGUUUUUUUGUGCCAGCUUUUGUCUGAUAUUGUUACAUAGUACUAAGAUAAGUGUAUAUAUUUGAUAUACA